UUGUAUUCGAAAAUUGUUUUAUUUUAUUUUCAUAGUGUGUUAUUUCGUCUUCUAUUUAUUAUAAUGCUAAAUUUAUAACUUCUGUUAAUGUGGAAAAUAUUUUUUGAAGAAACAAUACUAAAAAUAAUUGAUCAACAUGGGGGAAAACGGCUCAGCUUUGUGUGACAAUCUAAUCAAAUGGUUGCAGACCCUAAAUCUUACUGCUAGACAUGAAAAUCCUCAAGAUCUCUCUGAUGGAGUGGCGAUAGCAGAAGCCCUAACACAAAUAGCUCCUGAGUAUUUCACAUCAGUCUGGAAAUCUAAAAUUAAAACUGAUGUGGGCCAUAAUUGGAGGCUAAAAGUUAGUAAUUUAAAGAAAAUUUUGGAUGGUGUGGUUGAUUAUCAUCAGGAUAUACUCAAUUUGAGUUUGCAAGAGCUCUCAAAGCCUGACUUGGUGAAUAUCGCUGAACAUGCUGACCCAGCAGACUUGGGGAGGCUGCUGCAGUUGGUUCUUAGUUGUGCGGUCAACUGCAACAAGAAAGAGGAGUACAUCACGCGAAUUAUGGAGCUCGAGCUGGCGUGCCAGCGAUCUAUUAUGCAAGCCAUACAAGAGCUGGAGACGCUGACGCUGGGGCCGAACCGCGGCAGCAUACCGGAAGCGGCGACCGUCGAACCGGAAGUGGACAUGAAGGAGGCCCUCGCUCAGCGGUGCCACGAGCUCGAUGCGCAGGUUAAAAUUCUCCAAGAGGAGAAGAUGACGUUGCUCAGCGAGGUAAGCCGACUGACGGCGGUCCGCGAGAGCGAGAUGGACGCUAAUGUGAGGGAGAUGGACGAUGGCGGCGCGUCGCUAGGCCCCGCCCACGCGGGCACGCUCCGUUACAGCAACAUGCGCGCGCAACUCGACGCGCUCAAGGACGAACUCGAUAAGGUCGAACUGCAGCGGGAUGAUCAGAGAGCUAGAGCCGAUGUGUUGGAAAGGGAACUCGCGUUAUUGAAACUCAGAAAUGAGGAGCUUCAGAUUGCAGCUGCGGAGAACGCAGCUCUCAAGGACGAAGUGGAUGCGUUACGCGAGACCGCGGCGAAGGCGGCCGCGCUCGAGGCCACCGUCGCCUCAUACAAGAAGCGCAUGGAGGAGCACGUCGAUCUGCGGCGACAGGUGAAACUUCUCGAGCGCUCAAACACGGAGCACGUGCAGCGCGCUAUAGAACACGAACAGGCGGCUGCGCGGGCGCAUGCUUUGCGGGCACAGUUGGACAUAUACAAGAAGCAGGUGACAGAUCUUAACGAGAAAUUGGACGCAGAAAUAACGAAAGCUGACAAAUUGGAGAUUGAGAAUAAGAAACUGAGUAACACGGCCGCUAGCUUGCAGAGGGAAAGAGAUGCACUGAUGACAGAGCGAGACACCCUACGAGAAACUGUAGAGGACCUGCGGUAUUCUACUAUCACUACAGGCGCGACAGAGGACAAUGUAUCGCGGGAGCUUAUACCGAAUGACUUGAAGGAGCGAAUGACGCGUUUGGAACAUGAGAAUAAAUUACUACGACAGAACCAGUCACAAGCGGACCAAGCUUCAGUUCAAGAGCUUCUAGAAGACUACGCGGACCGGCUCGAGAAGCAACGCACGCUGAACCGCGAGGCCAACCAGAAGAUAAUGCAGCUGGAGGCCACCAUAGAGGCCUCGCACGCGCGACUUGCGUACCCUUCGGAGGAGAGCCAGAAGAAAUCGAUGCAAGUGGAAGAGCUACAGAGUCUACUGGCCGAGGAGAGGCGGCGCGGCGCGAAGUUACAGGAGGCGUUGGCGGCGCGCGACGCAGAGCUGCUAGCCACUGAGGACAAGUACAAGCGGUGCCUCGACAAGGCCAAGGAGGUGGUGAAGUCCCUCAACCCUCGUACUGCUCCAGGUCACCAAUCGUUGUCGGACAUAACCCUAGGUUACUCACGUAGCAACGCCAUCGCGAGCGCCUCCCGCAGUGAAGCCGCUCAGGCCAACAACAAUAGACAGAUAGAGUGGAGCGCCAACGGCAGCGAGGAGAGCGCGCGGGCAAACGAACAGAAGCUGAUGGUAGCCGCGUGGUACGAGCUCGGCGCGCGCUGUCACCGCGACGCCGUCGACUCGCGCUUCGCCGCGCUGUCCGCCGGCCAGUCCUUCCUCGCCCGCCAGCGCCGCCAGUCGCCCCGCCCCCGCGCGCCGCUUGCUUCGCCCUGACGUACCCGCGCGCCCGCACGCGUGCGCAGUACCAACACGUAACGUGACGAGCACGUGCACGCACUGAGCGUAUGCAUGCGUACCGUAAGGACCAAAGUGUACACGCAAGCACGCGUGCGCUACUACGUAAUGGGUGACCCGUUAUACGCACAGGUAACGUGCGUACGUGUCCGUAUACCAUCAACGUAACGUUUGACGUGAGUGUAAUCUAUUUAGCUUAGAUAGAUUUGGUCUGAUAUAGGCCGUCGCAAUAGUAGCGCAAGGCUCUAGAGCAGGGAUUCUCAAAGUGGGUUCCAUAUUUUAAUUAGCAAGCAAAGCGAUAACACAAGUCGUUAUACAAGUCGAUAUACAAAUUGUGAGCGUGGAUUCAUUCACGAAACUCUGCUCUAGAGGGGAACAUUUACAAAAUUAUUCAUUAGUGCAAUUAGUGUUCUGUUUUCGAUAUCUCAUUAAUUAAUAAAUAAGCGGCCCUAUUAGUUCGUGUCAUAAGUACCAUGAAUCGUUAAAAAAAUUAUAAGUUUAAUAGCUAUAUUUUUAUACUGUAUCAAGCAUUUGAAUAAAUUCGCUUUGUAACGUAAAAAAUAAUUUCAGGUUCUGCUUUUUCUGCUUUUUCUUUGUAAUUUCUUGGGUAUGUGCAUAUAAAAUAAGUUUGCCAGUCUAGGUUUAUAAUAUGUAAGAAUAUUUAUCGACGAGAUUUGAAAGUUAGAACGGGAUUGUUAAGACACAAUCCCGUUGUAAUGUAGAUUUUCAUGCUGGGCCUGAGAUGGCGGUAUCCAAAAUGUUCUUGCAAAUUAAAAACUUUAACUGGCAGCACUGACGGUGUUCACAAACGUAACAGGUCUAGAGAUAAGCGUAAGUGAUAAGGAACGAUCCUAUCGAACGAUUUUAGAUCAAAGUAGGUAAUGGAAUAUUUAGUAAAAUGUAGUCUGCUCAAGUAAAUAACAACCAUUCCCUCUUACAAAUAAAAAUGUCUGUCAAGUGAACUUCCCAAUGUGACAGGCAAAAUCAAGCAGCUGCCUUACUCCCGACCAUGGAGUUAAAAUAUACCUAGCGGAUUAGAGCAACAAUCUCGAGCUGUCAAACGAA